CGUGAUGGCGUCAUCCCCGUCGUCCCUCCUUGUUCGGCGUCUGGUUUCCACGGCAACAGUCAGCGCGUCCUGCAGCGGGGCCUCUUGUGGCCAUGGCCGGCAAGAAGGAGGACGGCAGGAUGGCGAAUGAAUGGAGCCGGGUGGUGCGGGAGGUGAAGGGACCCAAGCCAUAUUCCUUCGCCAUCAGGGCCAAGUUUCCCAAACCGAAUGUUGUUGGAAAGCAAAUCCUUCUCUGGAGGGAACAAGAGAAAAACCGCCGUGAAGCCGCAAUGUACGCAAAGGCCCAUCUCAUUGGCCGCCAGAUCAUUGAAAGGGAGGAUCUGAAUGAACGCAAACGGUUCCACCGGGUUGUGCAGAAGAGGGUUGAUGCAGAAAUGCAGACCUACCUGGCAGGAGAAGAGGAGAGGAAAGAGAGGCUUCGGGAUCUCCUGGAAGCCGAGGAAAAGGGUUACAUUGCCGAAAUGGAAUCGCAGGAAGAAACUAUGGAGGAUCGGCGAACAAAUAUGAGAGUGAGAGCAAAAUUGCUGAGAGAUCAGAGGGAAGAAGCUCGACGGAAGCUUGUGUCAGAAAAAAGGGAGCAGCAGUUUAGAGAAACCUGUGAGGAGGUGCGGACGCUGUGGAGCAAGAAACAUCUGAUGGAGGUCUGUGAGGACCGAUUGGCCCAGCUGGCCCUGAAGGAGGAACUGAAGAAGCAAAAAGCAAGGGAGGAGGCAGCCUUUGUGGCUCUUUGGGAAGAAGACAGGCUGGCCAAGGAGAAACGGGCAGCAGAAGAAGACCGGAAAAGAUCGGGGUGGAACAACCACCUGGCCAACAUGCUUAAUGCUCAGAAAGCAGUGGUGGAAGCUCAGAGGGAGGAGGCGAGGCGACUGAAGGAAGAAGAGGCUAAGCUGAUGGAAGAGGAACGUCAGCUGAUGAAACUAGACAAUGAACGUGCCGAGAUGGAACGACAGCGGAAACUGAGGGAGUGCAGAGACACAUUGCUGGAUUCCAUGAAGGAGAAGAGGAGGCGUCUCAACGAAGCCAAGCAAGGAGAGCUGGCUUUAGAUAUGAAGAUCCUGGAUCACAUCAUGCAAGAAUCCCUGGAGGACACCGAGGGCCAAAGGAAAAGAAAAAAAGAGCUCUUGAAAGAGCAGCAGAUGUAUAAAGCCUACCUGGCUCAGCGGAUGGAGGAGGAGAAACGCCAGGAAAAAGAGCUGGACAAACUGCGGGAAGAAGAGACAGCCAGGAUGUGGGCAAAGAGGGCCGCCAAGGAGAAGACCAUGAAGGAGGCCAGAGACAGCUUACUCAGAGAGGUCAUGGAUACGAGGCGGCUUCAGCUGGAAGAGAAACUGCAGAGAAAUGCCCAAGAGCAAGAGGCACUGAUUCAGGACAGGGAAUUGUUAAAUGCAGCCAUUCUAGAAUACAACCGUCUAGAAGAGGAGAGAUAUGCAAGGCGCAUACGGCAGGCCAAGGAAUAUCGGGAAGAACUCCAUGCUCAGAUGGAUUAUGUCAAGCAAGCCCGUGAUUUUGAGAAGGAUGAGGAGCGCCGUGAAUAUGCAGUGGCCCUGGAAGCAGAAAGACUUUACCAGCAAAAGAUAGCAGAUGUCCUUUCAAGACCUUACAUGAGACUGAAAGAUCUCCAUCCUUUACGAAGGCAACUUGCCAGCAGUUCUUAACCAAUUUCCUUAAAACAUUUACAGAGAUGUAUAUUUAUAAUUCACUGCAUUUUAAACUGCCAAGUGCAGCUAAACCAUAUUCUACCUGUGUACUUUGACUGAUAGGAAAGAAGCCUUCCUUAAAAGGCCACAUGUUUUCUAAUAGUUGUGUGGGUUUUUUUCUGGUCAAGAAGAACCUUCUUUUUUAAAAAAAAAAACCCUCUUUUUUUUAAA